ACACACUUUACAAAGGCAAAGUACCCCUUUAAUCUCCACUUUUUAGGCUCGUGCGCGACUGAGCAUUUGCUCAUCUAAACCGGCGCUGCGUAAUAAAACGGAUGUAAAUCGCAGAACACUGGGCAAGUACGCAAAAAGGAGCGUUUAACUGAAACACAACACUCUCAAAGGGGUUUUCUAUUUCUUUUUCAUUUCUUACUCUAUUGCCAUCACCAACACUUUUCAUCCCUUUUUCCCAUCCACUAUAAUCAAACAAAUAAUGAAGCUUUCUCUUGCUUUCGUGGCCGCUUUGGCCGCCGCUGCUGGUGUUGAUGCUGGCGUACACAAAGCCAAAUUGCAAAAAGUUGCACCAUCUCAAAAGUUGACAGAAGCAAGCAUCGCUGCUCAAAUGCAAAUGUUGCAAAAGAAGUACGGUUCAGGAUCUCACCAAAACCCAUUCAACUUGCAAUCUGAUGAACAUGAAUUCAACAUUCAACCCGUCUCUGAAAAGGGUCCUAUGGAGAAUGUUGAAUGGCACACACAAGCAAGCAAAGGUCAUCAAGUCCCAUUGACUGACUUCCUCAAUGCUCAAUACUUUGCCGAUAUCUCGAUCGGCACACCACCUCAAGACUUCAAGGUGAUCUUGGAUACCGGAUCAUCUAACUUGUGGGUCCCAUCCUCCAAGUGCUCUUCCAUUGCAUGCUUCUUGCACACAAAGUAUGACAACUCAGCUUCAUCCACUUACAAGAAGAACGGUUCUGAAUUCAAGAUCCAAUACGGUUCCGGCUCCAUGGAAGGUUACGUUUCCAAGGAUACCCUCCGCAUUGGUGAUUUGGAGAUCAAGGAUCAAUUGUUCGCCGAAGCUACAUCUGAACCAGGAUUGGUGUUUGCAUUUGCCAAGUUUGAUGGUAUCUUGGGUUUGGCAUAUGACACAAUCAGUGUGAACGGAAUCCCGCCACCAUUGUACAGCAUGGUCGACCAAAAGUUGAUCGAUGAACCAGUUGUUUCAUUCUACCUAGGAAGGUCUGAAGAAGAUGGUGGUGAAGCCACCUUCGGAGGUGUUGAUGAAUCCAAGUUUGAUGGAAAGAUCACCUACGCACCCGUUCGCAGAAAGGGAUACUGGGAAACUGAUUUGAACAAGAUUCGAUUGGGAGACGAUGACAUGGAAUUGGAAAACACUGGUGCCGCUAUCGACACUGGCACUUCCUUGAUUGCUUUGCCAACCGAUAUUUCUGAGAUUAUCAACAAGGAGAUUGGUGCCACAAAGGGAUGGCAAGGAACCUACUCUGUUGAUUGCAGCAAGAUUCCAUCCAUGCCUGAUUUGACUUUGACGAUUGAUAACAAGGACUACAAAUUGAGCGCAAAGGCCUACAUCUUGCAAACAGGUGAGAACAGCUGUUUGAGUGCAUUCACAGGUUUGGAUAUCCCACCACCAAUGGGUCCUAUCUGGAUCGUUGGUGAUGUAUUCUUGCGCAAGUAUUACACCGUUUAUGAUUUGGGCAAGAAUGCCGUUGGUUUCGCAAAGGCCAAGUAAGGUAUUUGUGAUUGUUUAUAGGACUCGUUCAAUCAAUAAAUUGCGUUUGCCUGCUGGAUGUUGCAUUUCAUAAUUGAAAGCGCAUCUUUCUGAAUACAUCUUUCACAUUCUCAUCUCGGAUCUCAACUCUCAAAUAUAAUUCAUGUAGCUACAUAUCAUAUUUUCUCUGUUUCCAUGCUGC